AUGGCGUGGUUUAGCGGGAAAGUUUCUCUGGGAAACUUGGAUCUGGCUGGGGCGGUGAAUAAGUUCAGCGAGAGCGUCAAGAAUAUUGAGAAGAAUUUCGAUAAUGCUCUUGGUUUCGAAGAGAAGCCUAUCGAAUCCACUUCCACCAACGCCGAAGCACCAGGGGGACUAUGGCCGAUGAUGUCAUGGAACAAGGGUGAGGAUUCUGAUGCUGAAUCUUCAGGCGAUACAAAAUCCCCUCAGAAGUUAUCUACAGAUGAGGAAAGGCUUAGAUAUGAGGAUAGUUCACUUGAACCUUCAGAGAAAACUGGUUCUUCACAGAAAUCAUCCCCUAUCAAGGGAAGUCUUGAAAGUGAGGAUGGAGAUGCUGAGGCUACAGACAAAAAUGGUUCUCCACAGAAACUGUCUGUGGUUGAGAAGGUUCAAGAACGAGAAGAUGGCACUGAUGAGUCUUCUGGAAAAGUUCAAUCUCCGCAGAGAUUGUCCACUUCUGAAGAGCAUGAAACACGAAAAUUGACCUCUGAUGAUAAUUCGGUUGGGGAAAAUGAGGCACUUGAGGUCUAUGGAGCUGGUGAGCAGACUUCAGAACUAAAAUAUGAGAAUACUUCAGAACCUGUAACAGAGGACUCACGAAUACUGUCGCAACCUGUGCUUGUUGAACAAGCUGAAUCUAGAAUACAUCCAUUGCAUUCUGUUGUUGAUGUCCACGACAGUGACAUCUCAGGAGUGCAGGCUGUUGAAAAUUUGGAGUCGGUGGAGUCUAAGCUUGAAGCUAUUGAACCAGAUCAGGUGGAGAAUGUAUUGGUUGGUCAUGUGCCAGGGGAAUCAAUUUACAUGCAUCCAAAAGAAGAUGUAGAAAAGAAACUGGAGAUAACAGAGGGAAGUCCAGUUAAAGCUGAAGGCUCAAGUUACUUUGAGCCCGAGGUAUUAAGUGAUGCCCAAACUGGAGUAAGAGUUGAUCAGUCCGAUUUGCAGCCUGUCAUUGACAAAGAGGCUGAAGUUGAUCGUGAAGGUUCAGUUUCAUCUAGAGGUUCAUCAGAAAGGGCUUCUGAUGCAUCAAUUUCUAAUGAAGAUAGUGUUGAUGUUGUGGCAGUUGUCCCUGGAAAACAUGUAAAUGAUGGCAAGGUUGACAGUGAAGUGAAAAUUUUUGGUGCUGAAUCACUCUCACCUGAUGUUAUGCAUUCUGAACUCAAAAAACUGAAGAAGGAGAUGCAAAUGAUGGAAGCUGCAUUGCAAGGUGCCGCUAGGCAAGCCCAGGCAAAAGCAGAUGACAUUGCGAAAUUGAUGACUGAGAAUGAACAUCUGAAAGCUGUGAUUGAGGAUUUGAAGAGAAAGUCAAAUGAUGCUGAGGUUGAAUCCUUAAGAGAGGAAUAUCAUCAAAGAGUCGCAACUCUUGAAAGAAAGGUAUAUGCCCUGACAAAGGAGAGGGACACGCUGCGUAGAGAACAGAAUAAAAAAAGUGAUGCAGCCGCUCUUCUAAAGGAGAAAGAUGAAAUUAUUAAUCAGGUUAUGGCUGAAGGCGAAGAGCUUUCAAAAAAGCAAGCUGCCCAGGAAUCUACUAUGAGGAAAUUAAGGGCUCAGAUAAGAGAGCUUGAGGAAGAAAAGAAGGGUUUAACAACCAAACUUCAGGUGGAAGAGAAUAAAGCAGAAAGUAUGAAGAAGGACAAGACAGCGACCGAGAAAUUGCUGCAAGAAACGAUUGAAAAGCACCAAGCAGAACUCGCUGCACAGAAAGAAUACUAUUCAAAUGCUUUGACUGCUGCAAAAGAGGCUGAGUCAUUGGCUGAGGCGCGUGCCAACAAUGAAGCCAGAAUCGAAUUAGAGGGUCGGAUAAGAGAGGCAGAAGAACGUGAGACUAUGCUAGUUCAGGCACUCGAAGAGUUAAGACAAACCUUGAGUAGAAAGGAACAGCAGGCUGUUUUCAUUGAGGACAUGCAUCGCAGGGAGAUUGAUGAUCUUCAAAAACGUUAUCAAGCAAGUGAACGACGGUGUGAGGAGUUAGUAUCACAAGUUCCUGAAUCCACAAGGCCUCUUCUGAGGCAGAUUGAAGCCAUGCAGGAAACAAUGUCCAGAAGGGCUGAAGCCUGGAAUGCUGUGGAGAGGUCUCUCAGUUCUCGUCUUCAGGAAGCGGAGUCCAAAGCUGCAGAAGCUGAGGAAAGGGAAAGAUAUGUGAAUGACCGCUUGUCUCAGACUCUAUCACGGAUUAAUGUUCUUGAAGCUCAGAUUUCAUGUCUUAGAGCAGAACAGACGCAGUUAAGUAGGUCAGUUGAAAAGGAGAGGCAGAGGGCAGCUGAAAAUAGGCAAGAGUAUCUUGCGGCCAAGGAGGAAGCUGACACCCAUGAAGGUCGUGCUAACCAAUUGGAAGAAGAAAUUAAGGAGCUUAGACGAAAGCAUAAACACGAGUUACAAGAAGCACUUGUACAGAAGGAGAGAUUGCAGCAGGAAGUUGAGAAGGAGAAAGCUGUUCGGUUGGAUUUAGAACGGACGAGUCCUCUCAAGCCUGCUUCUGCAGCUGACCAUACUCCAAUAGCAAGGACCCAAUCAGCCAUUGAAAAUGGCCGCAUGACCCGGAAGCUCUCAAGUGUCGGCAGUUUGGGCAGUAUGGAGGAGGGCUAUUUCCUACAAGCGACUUUGGAUGCAUCAGACAGUCACAGCGAUAGGAGAAAUUCUGGAGAGCCAACUGUGAGCCCAUAUUAUAUGAAGAGCAUGACACCAAGCUCGUUUGAGUCUGCUCUUCGCCAGAAAGAGGGUGAACUUGCUUCGUACAUGUCUCGUUUGGCAUCGAUGGAAUCAAUUCGUGACUCUCUUGCAGAGGAGUUGGUUAAAAUGACAGAGCAGUGUGAAAAGUUGAGAGCUGAUUCUGCUCUGUUACCUGGAAUAAAAGCAGAGCUUGAUGCACUCAGGCGGAGACACUCGGCUGCUUUGGAGUUAAUGGGUGAACGUGAUGAAGAGCUGGAGGAACUCCGUGCUGAUAUUGUAGACUUGAAAGAAAUGUAUAGAGAGCAAGUGAACUUGCUUGUUAAUAAGAUACAACAAGUGAAUUCGUCGUCACGAGGUGCAUCUCAAGAGAAGAGCAGCGACGAAGGAAGUUUGCAGAGUACAGUGUCAUUAUAA